AUGUCGACUACUACUGUCGCAACGACAACAACCACACAGAUCAACUCCUUUACGCUAGAGGAUACUGACCAAGUGCAUCCCUUGAACGAUGCCGGACCGCCGCCGUCUCGAAAAUUCCAUCUUCGACGGAUCCUCGUGGUCACGCAAGUCUUUGCCAUUACCCUAACAGCCAGCGUAAUCAACGGCUUGGUAGUCGUCGGUCUGCCGACAAUCACCAAGGAUCUCCAAUUGCCCCCCUCGUUGUCAUUUUGGCCUUCAUCGGUCAGCAGUCUUGCUACAGCCUCAUCUCUCUUGUUAGCGGGAUCCAUUGCCGAUGCUAUCGGUCCGCGAUGGGUCGAAUUGGUCGGAGCUUUCGUUAGCGGCGGUUUAAUGAUCGGUCAAGGGUGUUCUCGGACGGGAGAGCAGUUGGUCGCCUUUAGAGCACUCCAAGGAAUUGGGCUCGCCUUCCAUCUGGCCUCUUCCGUGUCCAUCAUCACGCAGAUUCUACCUCAGGGUAGAGGCCGAAACUUUGCGUUCUCGUGCAUCGGUCUCAGUCAGCCCCUGGGCUUUUCGAUUGGCUUGGUUAUCGGUGGUAUUCUGAUUGACACCAUCGGUUGGCGUUCAGGAUGGUAUAUCGCCGGUGGCAUCACACUUGUAUUCGCCGUCAUUGGUCUGUGGGCAGUGCCGAAGAGUCGAUCUCACCAAUAUGCAGACCGUAUACAUAACGUUAAAUCCAAGGUCGACUGGGUUGGAGCCGGGUUGGCCUCCGCGUUCAUGGCGUUGCUCUGUUAUCUCCUGGCGUGA